UCAUGAGCAAGGUGUAGUCUUUUUGAAAUGUUAGGCCCAAGUUUGUCACCGCCCACUGACCGAGAUAUGAAUAAUAAACGGAGCGCGUGCGCUACACAGACGCAGAUCCUCCACAGCGCACGAAUAAGGCACAUGAUGGUCCGACUGAGAAAGCUGAAUGAACUGGCCCAUCUGAGAGAGACCAGGUUUGGUCAGCUGUAUCCCAGACAUGGUCUCAGUCUGCUAUGGUGGUUUGCUCAUGAAUGUGUUGAGAUUGAUGACGACGGCAAAAUGAUUGCACAAUAUGACCCAGAACACAGAGAUUUUGGUUUCCAUCCAUUCCAUAAUUCAGAAGGAAUUCUUCCUAAAACUGACCAGCACUAUGAAAUGGGCAACCUGCACCAUCCAGGUGCACUGCCUCAUUUUGUUACUAGGAAUUAUGACAGUGAUGUACGUGAGAGCAAUGCAGAUCGCAUUGUUGUUUCAGUCAAUUCAAUAUGGAAUGACAAAUAUUUUAAGAAAAUUUAUGUGACACAUCACUUAGGUCAGGGCCGCUUCGAUGAGAAAUCUACUUUCCGCAUCAGCCAAGGCUUCAUUAAGAUCAUUCAGAAGAUGGACUGGUCAGAUUUCAUCGGGGAGGUGAAGAUCCAGCAGCAGCGUAACUGGUGUGGACGUCGCUGAGCUCGUGUUAUGUACACGCUCAUCUGUGCGGUCUGGAUCCUACAGACACUCUGAGUUGAAAUCAAACAUUCCUGUUCAUCCAAAAUAAAUGCAUUUAUGGACCAUUCAUAACAAAUGACUCUAUCUGAAUUGUAAAUUGACUUGGGCCAUAAAUGACUAAUUUGUGUGAUGACUUUGCUCUGGAUGAGAAGCUUUAUGAUUCUUCAUGUAUAAUAAAUGCAUUGUGUUCUGUCUGUUUACUUCACUGUUUAUCGUUUAAUUAAUUGUCUAAUUUCAAUGAAUUAAAGGAAGUGUUCACCCAAAAA